AUGACCGAAAUGCCAGGCCAUCAUCAUCGAAUACGAAAACGUCGUCGAGGUGAGGUAGCGAAUCCAGCGAAUACUUUGGAUGGUUUAGUCGCUAAACGUGCUGAUGAUGUUGGUGCUAGGGAUAGCCUCCAUAAGAGAUAUUUGACCGAAGCUGAAGCAAUCGAAGCUCCAAUCGAUGAUCAGGAAAUGAAUAUUUCUUCAAGAACAUGUUCCGUUUGUGGUUAUCAGGGAAAAUGGGUUUCGGAAAUGAUUAGACAUAAGCGCGUACAUACUAACGAACGUCCAUUUCGUUGUAAAUAUUGCUCUCGGACAAGCAAGUGGAAAGCUGACCUCGUCCGACACGUUGCCAAAACGCAUGGAAUACGAGUGGUUUCAAAAUAUAGUCGAAGUAAAACAUUUCAUAAUAACACCUCAACAUUUAAUAUGGCAAAUAAUACAAAUAAAUUAAAUGAAAAAAAAAGAAAUCGCUUAGAGAUAUUGAACGAUUUAAAAAAUGAUAAAGAUAUUGCACUGAAAUGCCGAAAAUCUGAAACACUUCGAUUGUCGAUUAUGUAUCGAUGUGUUAUAUGUUUGUUUGAACAGGAUUCAGUGCUUGUUUUGAUGAGCCAUUUGAAGAAUGUGCAUAAUGUGCUACCAUAUGAAUGCCAUUCAUGUGGUAGCUCGUUUAUUGAUGCUCAUACCACCAUGAAACAUUUCAUUGAAAAGACAACAUGUAAAAGAACUGAUCUCAAAAUUAACAUUGCACCAUCAAGUAUGACAAAAAAUAAUUUUAAUUUAAACCCAUCAUAUGCACUGCUUGAUGAAGCUGCUAAACGAGCUGCUCAAGAAUUGUUUGGUAAAAGUUCGGUAAUUACUUCAUCGGUCAUAUCAACUAGAAAUGUAACUUUGCCAGCAACACCAGUUAGCAAAUAUGAAAUGAAACAGCCGUACGAUAAUAAUCGAAAUGAAAUAACCUGUAAUUGCAUAUUUUGCAAUUGGACUGCAAAAAAAAUGUGCGCAAUGGAAGAACAUAUGCGCAUGCAUACAGCAAAUUCAUUCCCUUUGUUACAACCCAUAGAUGAAAUGGUUGCAAACUUCACUGAGACUCAAAUGAAAAUGAACGCGGACAGCACUCCCGCGACGGAACAGGCACUGGUCGCAUCAAGAUAUUUCGAUUUUAGAGCGGUAUUAUCAGUCCUGAAACAACAGGCUACUUUCGAUCCAAUGCAUUCAAUACGAGCUUUAACAACAACGCCGACAUUGCUAUCGGAAUGGAUGCCACCUGGCCCUUCAGCUUUUAAACAAGUGACUCCGAUUCCGGAAGAAUUUACACCAAUUGUAGGCUUCACAACCUAUCCCGAAAUUCAUGGGAUCCAACAAAAAAAAGCUAUCCAGCAACUCAGUUUUCUAUUCUCUGAUACCGUUGACAAUAUUUCAUGUAAUUCGGUGGCGGUGAUUUCAAACUUCAAUCCGGAAAGUCGUUCUGAAAACUUUUGUGACAUGAAUUCCACUUUAUCUGAUGUGCCAGAAAAGUCAAGCGUAAACUCUAACCUGUCCGACUUCAGCUCAUCAUUACCUAAUCAUUAUAUUUCUGAAAGCAUUAUCAAAGCCAUUCAACAUCAUUAUCAGCGAUGCAGCGCAUUAUUUUCACCAGUUCCUCCAAUAAAAAACAAAAUUCAAAAAUUGAUUGGCCUUCCCGAGUCAUCAGAAAAUAAAACGAGCCAGAAAAAUGAACCAGAAUUAACUCAUAACCUAAACAUAACAAGAAAAGAGGAAGACGAUUUUGUUGAUGUUGUGCAGCUUGAUGUUUGA